AUGCUCUCCAAGACCAUCAUCGCCUCGGCCGCUCUGGCCACCGCCGUCGCCGCAUACGACCUGCCUGUCUGCUGGAGCUCCUGCUUCGAGCAGUACGAAGUCGAGUCUCAGGGCUGCCUCUGCAAGGACGGUCUCGGCGAGGUCGUCUCCAAGUGUGUCGCGGCCGGCUGCAGCGAGUCGGACAACUCUUCCUACGAAACAUGGCUGUCUAGCUACUGCCACGCCGCGCCCGUCUCCAGCAACACCUGGCCCGUCCCCUCCAGCACAUACGCCAUCCCAUCCUCCUCGGCCUCGCUCCCACCAGUCUACUCCAGCCCAGUAGAGUCCUCGUCGAGCGCGCCGGCACCCCCACCAUACUCUGCGCCUCCGGUCUCGUCCGCGCCAGUCCCAUCUUCCGCCUCGGCCGUGCCAUCAGAGAGCUACCCAGCCCCAGUCUCCUCAUCCGCACCGAUGACCUCCGGCUCCACAAGCAUCUGCACCGAGAGCACAACCAUGAUCUGGCGCUCGACCACCAUGACCGCCCCAGUCACCAUCACCCACUACCCAGGCAGCCCGACGGGCUGGGCCACCUACCCAGGAGGCAACGCCACUUCAUCCGCAGGCCCUGCCAGCACUGGCGGUGUCUCCCCACCAGCCUACUCAGGCCCACCGGCCACCGGCGGUGCCGCGCGCGUCGGUGCCGGUGUCGCCGCUGCUUUCGGCGGUCUCGCUGCCAUGCUUCUUUGA